AAUAAAUAAAAUAUUUGUGUCAGCCAAACAGGCCCUAGGGUACGGGGUACCCACCCUACCUCUUUACCUACCCCCAUUCUCACUAAUCCUCGACUUUCUUUUUCAUUUUCCAGACUUUGCCCUUACCGUCCAUUUAAAUACCGACAAUGUACUCUCUGUGUAAGCCCGCAUCCUGUCGGAUCCUCGAGGCUAAAAUUGUCCCGUCAGAAAAAUUCAACGUUUGCCACUCGGUCAAAUCGGUUUCGUUCUUACGUACCGCCGGCGGAUCGAGGGAAGGCGGCGGUAGGAGGCUCACUCCGACGAUCCACGAGCUCCGGAGAGUGAUUGCAGCAGCGGGUGUGGCUAUGGCUUCUUCAGAUGUUGACGGCAAGGAUGAUCGUAUUGCUCGGAUAUCCUCCACCAUUCGAGUCAUUGCCGAUUUCCCCAAACCAGGGAUUUUGUUUCAGGAUAUUACGACUUUAUUGCUCGAUCCGGAAGCGUUUAAGCAUACGAUUGAUUUGUUGGUUGAGAGGUACAAGGACAAGGAUAUUAAUGUCGUUGCUGGUGUCGAGGCUAGAGGCUUCAUAUUUGGCCCCCCACUUGCAUUGGCUAUCGGUGCGAAAUUUGUUCCGAUGAGAAAGCCCAAAAAGUUACCUGGCCCUGUGAUAUCGGAAGAAUACUCUUUGGAGUAUGGAACUGACAUAAUGGAAAUGCAUGUUGGAGCUGUAGAACCCGGAGAGCGGGCUGUUGUAGUUGACGAUUUGAUUGCUACUGGAGGAACCCUUUGUGCUGCAAUGCGUUUACUUGAGAGGGUUGGAGUCAAGGUCGUCGAGUGUGCUUGUGUUAUUGAGUUACCCGAAUUGAAGGGCCGCGACAAGUUGGGCGACAAGCCAUUGUUUGUUCUUGUGAGCUCUUCAGCUUGAAGAAGAUGAUAAUAAUGGUUUUGAGGUGUGAUCCUAGUAAGGUAUGUGUAUGUUCAUGUCCCGAUUGCAAUGUCUGUCCGUCGAUCGAUCGAUCGAUCACUUUAUUAGGUUAACAUCAAUACAUCCAAUGCUUGUAUGCAUCCGACCCCAAUUGACAUAAUGAAUGGAUGCCCACCCCAAUUCAACUUUC